CACUUCCAUUCAUGAACAGAGCUCAUUUCUUCUAGUCUCUCUCUCUCUCUCUGUUUCUUUCUUCUUUCUUUUUUGUUUUUCUUCAUAUUAGUUUUAGAGCUCUUUCUCCGAUCUAACAGUUUCCAUAACUGAUAAAAUACAGAGUUAACAAAGAAUGGAGUUGGAACAACAAGGUAUGAUGAGGUUGUCUCUGGUUCUUGUCAACGCCUCAGUGCUGAAGUGCACCGCUUUUGCUUUAACGGCUACUGUGCUCUCCUCUUUGUUAGAGCUCUUCGCUCAGGUGGCUAUUUUGAAGGGUGAUGUUAUAGAGAAUGGAUACGAGGUGGUUGAUGCAGUGGAAGGCAAUGGAAACACCAAUGAUGAGGGUGGUGAUGAUGCUGAUGGAGGAGAUGACGAAGAGGGAAGCGCGGAUGAUGGUGAAGGAAAAGAGACCAAGAAAGGAUCUGUAAGUGAUCCUGAUUUGAACGGUGAAGCUGGAGAUGAUGAUGAUGAGGAUGAACCUGAAGGGGAUGAUGGUGACGGUGACGAUGACGAUGAUGAUAACCAUGAGAACGACGAUGAUGAGGAGGAUGAAGACGAGAAUGAAGAUGGUGGUGAAGAAGACGACGAUGAGGAGGCAGAGCUAGAGGAGGAGGAAGAGGAAGAAGAUGAUGAGGAAGCGCUUCAGCCACCAAAGAAGAGGAAGAAGUGAACAACUGCUUCUAUCUUCUAACAUUUUAGAUUCAAAAGUUAAAACUUGUUAUGGGGGUUGUUUUGUUUUUACCUGAAGAGGGAAGAAUCUUAAGUCAUCAUUAUCAACUUUAGCUUCGACUGUGUCUUUGUUGUUCCAUAAACCAAAAAGGUCUAUUGUAACCAUUUUCAGAUCCGAUGGCACCAGCUUUCUUUUCUUU